AUGAGCUACAGUGCCGGAACACUAGAUUUUAUUAUCCAUGAUAUUUCAUAUUUCAUUUCAUCAUCAGUGGAAGCGGGUUCGUUCAGCUUCUCGAAGUCCUAUGCUAAUCAUAUGGUACUGCAACAAGCACCCAAGAAGGCCACCAUAUGGGGGUUUGCAUCACAUGUGGGGGAAACAGUGACGGUCCAGAUAUCUGGGAAGGGAUCGGUGACAACGACAACAAGACACGGAGAUAACGGUGCUGUUGUAUGGUAUGCGCAGCUUCCGCCAGUCAGCGCCGGUGGACCAUACACCAUCACAGCUACAUCCAGGGAAGGGAAGCUAACUCUGUCCGAUGUCCUUUUUGGUGACGUGUGGGUGUGUUCUGGACAGAGCAAUAUGGGAUUCACCAUGAGCAUGGCUUUCAAUGCAACUGCUGAAAUCAACGACGCUGACAAUUAUCCCCACAUCCGUCUGAUGACAGUAUUACAUCAUACAUCUCUUAAACCAGAAACUGACUUUCAUGGAUUGUUCCAAAGCUGGUCUAUUGCUUCUCGGCAUUCGGUGGGAGGCACGGACUGGGUACAUUUCUCCGCGCUGUGUUGGCUCUAUGGGAAGCAUCUCUACAAAACUUUGAAGUACCCCAUUGGACUGAUCGCAACAGCAGACGGAGGGACUAUGGAUGAAGCAUGGUCGUCUCCAGACGCCCUGUCCAAAUGCUUGGCUCCGUUCCGACACUGGAAUGUCAAUUCUGGAUGGGCCAUUUUGAGGUGGCACCAGACCGCUGACUAUGGCUAUGUCCCUAACGAUAGGAUGAAGAACACCUUCAUGGCGGUGGCCAUGGACCUGCCUGAUUACAAUUCACCACAUGGAAACAUCCAUCCCAGAGAUAAGGCAGACAUCGCACAGAGACUGUACAUCGAGGCCAUGAUUGUCGCUUACAAGAGGACGGACAUGCUAAACCAACGAGGACCAUUCCCUACUGGGUUUACAGAAGUGGUGAAUAAGAAGACUGUACAGAUUUCAUAUGCUAACACAAGGACAACCAUCGAGAAGAGAAAUGAUAAUGGAUUUGAGGUUCGUCAAUGUCGCAUUGUAAGAGUGAUCUUACGUGUGUUGUGUCCCGAGGAGGGACAUCACAGAUACCCGCAAGUUCUGUCCAAUGACCUACCCUUCUAA